AAACAAAAAGUGGACAAAAACCGUAAAACAUGAAACAAAUUUCUGUCGCAUAACACAGCGCAACAUUUUUUUGUCUCAAGAGCAAAUUUAUGUGUCUUUGACAGAUUUUUGGCUGCUGAAUCCGAAUCCGGGCUCAGAUUUGCCCCAGCACGUCACAAUUUUGAGCUAUACCUCAAUUUAUAGGGCAAAAUGUGCGAUUUUGGGCUUUUUCGACUGCAAGCCAUUAAGCAUUGAAAUAUAUUUUUUAAACAAUCAAAGGAUAAAUUGAUCAAUUAACAUCUAAAUUAAUGACUAUGCAAAAUAUUUUGCUUUACCAAAUCAAAUUCAAUAGAUUUAAGGACAAACGUCUUGACAUCCCGCUUCAACAGUGCAACAAAACUUCAAACGCACAAAUCUCAAGAAGCAAGCUUUACACAACAAAGAAUUUUAUUAUUCUGUUCUUGCUCACUUGUGAUGUAUGUAUGUAUGUAUGUUGGUAGCCACCAUCCUAGCUUGAGUCUUGCUCUGCAUGCAGUUCCACUUAACAGUAAAGUUCAAUUUCAUUACCACCCUGACUUCAACAUACCGCUGUAUGAAGGGCCAAAAGGGGGUGUGGCGGACCCGUAAGUAGAGACACUUACGCGACAUCCGCGUGUUUAAGAGAAUCUCCUUCCAACAGGGUGAAUAAUGAAAUUUACAUUACUUGUUAAGUUUUCUACGGGAUGGUUUGUCACAAGAAGGGCGCGUCAAAUCCAUUGCAACUGUUGGGAUAGAAGAACCCAUCUACAAGGAUGUUAUAGUUACUUCUCACCACACUCCGGCUGGCAAUCCACUCCGUCGUACAGUUUCAACUUCAAUGAUGCCCUGAUGCACCCUCCCAACCCGAUAUAGUUAUAUGGUUAUACAAUGAUUAGAAUAGUGUCUGUUCACCAAGGAGGUGCGGCUCAAACAGCGUCUGUUCUGGCAUCCAGCGGCUGAGUAAGAAACGCUUCACCACGCCCAGCUAGAUCCAAGGUGGUAGCCCCAUCAGCGUGGUCGUCCCAGUGUUGGUUGGGACGUUAAACAGAACUGGCACGAUGGCCCUCCGGCGAGACAGGAGUGUUGGCGUAGGCCCAAUAAGCCACCCGUAAAAAUCCCCAUUGCGAAUAACAUAGGAGAAAAUACGACUCGAUACAAUCGGCAAAGACCCACGCGACGAAAUAAGGACUACGAUUGGAAACUUGGAACAUGGAAUUGCAAAUCACUAGGUUUCGCAGGAUGUGACAGGAUAAUCUACGACGAACUACAUCCCCGCAACUUCGACAUCGUGGCGUUGCAGGAACUUUGUUGGACUGGACAGAAAGUGUGGAAAAGCGGGCAUCGAGCGGCUACCUUCUACCAAAGCUGUGGCACCACCAAUGAACUGGGAACAGGAUUUAUAGUGUUGGGCAAGAUGCGACAACGUGUGAGCGGGUGGCAGCCGAUCAACGCAAGGAUGUGCAUGUUGAGAGUUAAGGGCCGUUUCUUCAACUACAGCAUCAUCAACGUCCACUGCCCACACGAAGGGAGACCCGAUGACGAGAAAGAAGCGUUCUACGCGCAGUUAGAGCAAACAUACGAUGGUUGCUCGCCGCGUGACGUGAAAAUCGAAAUGUACAGACCGGUAAUCGGGCGAAACAGCCUACACGCCGUAUCGAAUGAUAACGGCCAGCGAUGCGUAAACUUUGCAGCCUCCCGUGGUAUGGUAGUCCGAAGCACCUUCUUUCCCCGCAAAGAUAUCCACAAAGCCACCUGGAGAUCACCCGACCAACAAACAGAAAACCAAAUCGACCACGUUCUAAUCGACGGUAAAUUCUUCUCGGAUAUAACCAACGUCCGCACAUACCGCAGUGCGAAUAUAGAUUCGGAUCACUACUUAGUCGCUGUAUGCAUGCGCUCAAAACUUUCGACAGUUAUCACCACGCGUCGAAGUCGAACGCCGCGGCUCAACAUCGAGCAACUUCGUAACGUAGAAGUGGCUCAAGACUACGCGCAGCAGUUAGCAGUGGCCCUACCAACGGAAGAGCAGCUUGGCGCAGCUACACUUGAGGAUGGCUGGAGGGACAUCCGAUCCGCCAUAGGUAGUACCUCGGCUACAGCACUAGGCUUCGCGACUCCGAAUCACAGAAACGACUGGUACGACGGCGAAUGUGAACAGUUGAAAAAAGAGAAGAAUGCAGCAUGGGCGAGAAUGCUGCAACACCGUACGAGAGCGAAUGGGGCACGUUACAAACAGGCGCGGAACAGGCAGAACUCAGUCUUCCGGAUGAUGAAGCGCCAGCAGGAAGAACGAGAUCGCGAAGCGAUGGAAGAGCUGUACCGCGCUAAGGACACACGAAAGUUCUACGAGAAGCUGAACCGCUCGCGCAGAGGCUUUGUGCCACAAGCCGACAUGUGCCGAGAUAAUCACGGGAAUAUUCUCACGAGCGAGCGUGAGGUGGUCGAGAGGUGGCGGCAGCAUUACGAUGAGCACCUCAAUGGCGACGUUGCAAGUACCGAAGGUGGCGUGGUAACAGAUCUAGGAGUAUGUGCACAGGACGAAAGACUUCCGGCCCCUGACCUUCAAGAGAUUGAGGAGGAGGUUGGCCGGUUGAAAAACAACAAAGCCGCUGGAGCAGAUCAACUACCAAGCGAGCUUCUAAAAUACGGUGGAGAAGCACUGGUGAGAGCACUACACUGGGUCAUUACCAAGAUUUGGGAGGAGGAAGUAUUACCGGAGGAAUGGAUGGAAGGUAUCGUGUGUCUUAUUUACAAAAAGGGCGACAAGUUGGAUUGCGGAAACUACCGCGCGAUCACACUACUGAGCGCUGCCUACAAGAUACUCUCCCAAAUUUUAUGCCGCCGUCUAUCACCGAUUGCAAGAGAGUUCGUGGGGCAAUAUCAGGCUGGAUUCAUGGGUGAACGCGCUACAACGGACCAGAUGUUCGCCAUCCGCCAGGUGUUGCAGAAAUGCCGCGAAUACAACGUGCCCACACAUCACUUGUUCAUCGAUUUCAAAUCGGCGUAUGAUACAAUCGAUCGAGAACAGCUAUGGCAGAUUAUGCACGAAUACGGAUUCCCGGAUAAACUGAUACGGUUGAACAAGGCGACGAUGGAUCGAGUGAUGUGCGUAGUUCGAGUAUCAGGGACACUCUCGAGUCCCUUCGAAUCUCGCAGAGGGUUACGGCAAGGUGAUGGUCUUUCGUGCUUGCUGUUCAACAUUGCUUUGGAGGGUGUAAUAAGAAGAGCGGGGAUAAACACGAGUGGGACGAUUUUCACGAAGUCCGUUCAGCUGCUUGGUUUCGCCGAUGAUAUUGAUAUUAUUGCUCGUAAAUUUGAGACGAUGGCGGAAACGUACAUCCGACUAAAGAGGGAAGCCAGGCGAAUCGGAUUAGUCAUUAAUGUGUCGAAGAUAAAGUAGGUGCAUGAUGGCAAAGGGCUCCAGGGAGGAAUCACCGCGCCCGCCACCCCGAAUUCAUAUCGACGGUGAUGAAAUCGAGGCGGUUGAAGAAUUCGUGUACUUGGGCUCACUGGUGACCGACGACAACGACACCAGCAGAGAAAUUCAGAGGCGCAUUGUGGCAGGAAAUCGUGCCUACCGUGGACUCCGCAGAACUCUACGAUCGAAUAAAGUUCGCCGUAACACGAAGUUAACCAUCUACAAAACGUUGAUUAGACCGGUCGUCCUCUAUGGGCACGAAACAUGGACCCUACGUGCAGAGGACCAACGCGCCCUUGGAGUUUUCGAACGGAAGUUGCUGCGUACCAUCUACGGCGGAGUGCAGAUGGAAGACGGGACUUGGAGAAGGCGAAUGAACCACGAGCUGCAUCAGCUGCUGGGAGAACCAACCAUCGUCCAUACCGCGAAAAUCGGGAGGCUACGGUGGGCGGGUCACGUCAUCAGGAUGUCGGAUAGCAACCCGACUAAAAUGGUUCUCGAGAGUCAUCCGACCGGUACAAGAAGACGUGGAGCGCAGCGAGCUAGGUGGGUCGACCAAGUGGAGGACGAUCUGCGGACCCUACGCAGAGCGCGGAACUGGAGACAAACAGCCA